AUGGCGCGCCCUCGCCUGGCAGCAUGCGCCGCCACCCUGGCGGCGCUGAUGCUGCUCGUGGCGGCGACGCCCUCGGCCGCCCAGGGGCGCGUCGCCGAUGAAGCCGUCAGCCGCCAGCUUCUGCAGCUGGGUGGCCUCCUGACCAGCACCGUUGGGACGGUUACAACUGUGCUCGCGCCCGUAACAAACACAACAAACACAACGGGGCUUCUCGCGCCCAUCACCGGCACCCUCACCAACACCAGCAGCAGCCUGACGAACGUCACCGGCGCGCUCAGCAACACCACCAGCGCCCUGACUAACAUCACAGGCGCGCUCAGCAACACCACCAGCGCCCUGACUAACGUCACAGGCGCGCUCAGCAACACCACCAGCACUCUGACUAACGUCACCAGUGCGCUCAGCAACACCAGCAGCAUCCUGGCGCCCAUCACCGACGCCCUCAGCAACACCACCAGCACCCUGACUAACGUCACCGCAACACCAGCGGCACCCUGA